AUAAUAGAUGGGAUGCGUCCUAUAGAUUAACCAGAAGAAGAGCCUCCGCCUCGGAGCAUGCGCACAAACUGCAUCCGGGAACGCGGCGCUGCUGGCGUUUCAAACACACAGCAGGAGGUAAACACGGAGCCCUGCGGAGGAUUUUAUAUUUGUGUGUUUAGUUAAACGAUAUUACAUACCCGUUUGUAAGGCGUGGACGAGACUAAAAGCCGCUACUAAACAGAAUCCCGUGUGCUGCCAUGGACAGUGUGAAGAUGGAAUCUGUCCAGAUUAAAGAGGAGUUUCCUGAACUUGAACUUGUCCCCAUUAGAGUGGAGUUCUCUGGGCUGGCUUCCCUCCCCAUUAAACAGGAGCUCUGUGAGAUGCAAUGUGACAGCAGUCAGCCAGAGGUCUCUGACAUUAAAGCUGAGCACAAUGAAUUGGAGAUCCCCCAGACAGAAGAACCCCUUCCUGUUAAACAAGAAGAGGUGCUGGAAACUGUCCGUAUUAAAUGGGAGCCCCCUGAAGUAGAGUUUGACCACAUGGAACCAGUGAAGGAAGAAUCUGAGGACUUCAAACCAAACAUCCCUAACGUGGAGCCUGUACGCCUGCAGGAGUGUAGCGUGGUGCUGGAGAGAAUCUGCGUGAGAGAGCAAGGCGCUGGAGAGGAAGGCUCUCCCAACAGCAUGCAAGGAGGUGGAAAGGAAGACGGGCGCUCCCAUUCAGAAUGCAGUCUAGCAGGUUCCAGUCCAGCAGCUAAAGCGAGGGCGGGCGGUGGAGAAUAUCCUGACUGUGGGAAAGGUUUCACCCAGUUAGAGCAUUUUAAAAUACACCAGCGAACUGACACAGGAGAGAAACCGUAUUCCUGCUCUGACUGUGGGAAGAGUUUCAGUCUGUUAGGCAACCUUAAAACACACCAGCGAAUUCACACAGGAGAGAAACCGUAUCGCUGCUCUGACUGUGGGAAGAGUUUCAGUCAGUCAGGAGACAUGAAAAAACACCAGCGAAUUCACACAGGAGAGAAACCGUAUCGCUGCUCUGACUGUGGGAAGAGUUUCAGUUAUUCAGGAAACCUGAGAAUACACCAGCGAAUUCACACAGGAGAGAAACAGUACCACUGCUUUGACUGUGGGAAGAGUUUCCGUCUUAAACAAGGCCUUCAGAAUCACCAGCUAAUUCACACAGGAGAGAAACCGUAUCGCUGCUCUGACUGUGGGAAGAGUUUCUGUUUUAAACAAGGCCUUCAAAAACACCAGCGAAUUCACAGAAGAGAGAAACCUUAAAGACUAUGUUAAUUGGGACUGUUCUAUCAUGAAGAAAAAACUGUUAACCUUGCAUUAUGAAUUUGAAACAAAAACACUUUGGAAAUGUGAAAAAAGUUCUCAAAAGUACCCAGCCAUUUAAAGUAGAGAUAUCAAAAAGACAAGACAAGCUUCAUGAAACCUUUGGGGCAACCUUGCUCAGCAGAAAGCAAACAGGCACAACUGUAAAACCGAUGAGGUCCAAGGUUGCCCCAGUUGUUUCUUCUAACUUGUAUCAAAAACACAAGUUAACUUGGAAGAAACAAUUGGGGCAACCUUGGCCAGCACCAAGCAAACAGGCACAACUAUCAAAGAGGUGGGGGCCAAGGUUGCCCCAAUUUCACAACUAACACAUUUCUCAGUUUUAAUUCAGAAACCAAGUGUUUCUACUAACUUGGCUUGUGUUUUUCAGACACAGUAAAAGCAGAUCAAAUGCAUGAAACAAUUGGUUUCUGAAUUAAAACUGAGAAAUGUGUUAAUUGUGAAAUUAAUUUAUAAAGGAGGGACGAAAAGUCAGACGAAAACCAGAAGCCCAAAUAUUAUGUAAUGCAAUGUAAGGUCUCUCUGAGAAUUAUUAUUAUUUUUUUUUUUUAAAGAAAAAUAAUCUUCCAACUGAAUGUGCAUUUAAGAUUGAGUUCCAGCGCUCUGCCUCUCUGAGUCCUUCUCAGUGCUGGAGAUUGAAUUCUAGCGCUCUGCCUCUCUGAGUCCUUCUCAGUGCUGGAGAUUGAGUUCUAGCGCUCUGCCUCUCUGAGUCGUUCUCAGUGCUGGAGAUUGAGUUCCAGCGCUCUGCCUCUCUGAGUCCUUCUCAGUGCUGGAGAUUGAGUUCCAGCGCUCUGCCUCUCUGAGUCCUUCUCAGUGCUGGAGAUUGAGUUCUAGCGCUCUGCCUCUAUGAGUCGUUCUCAGCGCUGGAGAUUGAGUUCUAGCGCUCAGCCUCUCGGAGUCCUUCUCAGUGCUGGAGAUUGAGUUCCAGCGCUCUGCCUCUCUGAGUCCUUCUCAGUGCUGGAGAUUGAGUUCUAGCGCUCAGCCUCUCGGAGUCCUUCUCAGUGCUGGAGAUUGAGUUCUAGCGCUCUGCCUCUCUGAGUCGUUCUCAGUGCUGGAGAUUGAGUUCCAGUGCUCUGCCUCUCUGAGUUCAACAAGGAUGUUUUAGUAUUUUGGAAAAAAAAAUAUCUUAAAACAACCAAUCAGCAAGGAGUAAUUUUGUCCUCGGACAUUAAAUUUACAUUUGUUUACAAAACCUGAUGUGUGAUACAAUGCUGCAGGAACUUUCUCAAGCUCUGAAUAUUUUUUAAAGAUUUACACAAACAUUGCCAACAUAUUUGAGGCCUAAUUCCUUUUUUGAGGUGCAGGCACCCCAGCACGCAAGCCCCUGCAGGACCAACAGCACCAAUUAGGCUUCAAAUCGACAAAACUCCUUUAUCGUGCCAAGAAUGGAAAGAAAACCAGGGUUUAGAAACAACCGCAACGAUAAACAAACAAAAAAAGAAACAACAUUCAUUUAUUACAUUCUGGAAUGAAAAUGAUAUUCAGACUUUGUUUAAUAAAGUUUUUUUCCCUUUC